AUGGACGAAGAGUUGCAGGGGAUUCUCCUUGAGUGUGCCAAGGCUCAAUACUGCGGCGAGUUGGUGCAUUUUCUCGUGAAUAUCUGCAAGGUGAUGCCGCAUUUAAAGUACACGGAUAAUUGUUCAGGUGGUGGGAUGUUGGCUAUUAUCGACAAGUAUGUGAGGACCAAGCAGGCCACAAGUCUGAACAUCGAAUCCGAAUUGCGCUUACGGGUUCUCUUCUGCGCCUCAAUUCUCAAUGAAGAAAUCUCAAAGUUGAAUCACUCUUCCGUAUUGAAUAUACCUCAAAUGACAAAGUCAUCUACAAGCCUGGGCAAAGUGUCCGUGGCUAGUAAGACUACCAACGGCUAUACAGAAGUCGGUCUAUCACAGCCACCAGAUGCGAGAAGCGAUGCUGAAAAUACAGACAGCGUGACUGGCGCCCAGGACAAUCUCUGUGCGAAAUCAACAACCUCUGCAACGUCGAAUAGCUCGGCGCUCUCGAUACGAGAUGAGGACUGCAGCAAUUUGAAUAUGAGCACGACAUACCAUAUUUUAACAAUCCAAACUGAAAUUUCUCACGAGGUUCCAGUAGGGAGAAAAAAAAGUACCGAAGAUGUGGAAAGUGUCGACGGUCAGAGCUUCACACCGCAACCGAAGGAUUUAAAGAAUCCCCAAGUGAGGUGUAGUUCUAAAGCGGCCUACAACCUCGGCAAGGCCCUGGAGGAGACUGCCGUGAGCGUAUGUGUGCUGCUGCGGUUUUCCGGGGUACUGGAAGCGACUAAAAAGGAUCCUAGGUUUGUUGAGAUAACACAGAGACGAGCCCGAUUAGCGAAGAAUAAUAUGGUCAAAAUUUUGUAAAUAUAAACAUUAGAUGCCUCUUAAUUCGAGAGCAAGUGAAU